AUGGCCGUUUCCGAACUGAUUGAUCACUCCCCGAGCCACCCCACCAAGGCCGAACGUCUCGAGAAUGCGUCCAAUGUCAUAUUAAUUGACAAUUACGAUUCGUUCACAUGGAACAUCUACCAGUACCUUGUUUUAGAGGGUGCCACAGUGACGGUUUUCAGAAAUGACACCAUAUCCCUAGAGGAGCUCAUCGCCAAAACUCCUACACAGCUGGUUAUUAGCCCGGGCCCCGGCCACCCAGACAAGGAUGCCGGAAUAAGCAAGGAGGCAAUUCAAUAUUUUGCGGGCAAGAUACCGAUUCUUGGCGUUUGUAUGGGGGAGCAAUGCAUAAUAGCGUCGUUUGGAGGGAAAGUCGAAGUUACGGGAGAGAUCUUGCAUGGAAAAACGUCGCCGUUAAAACACGACUCGAAAGGUGUCUAUUUGACUCUUCCGCCCGAUCUAGCGGUAACAAGGUAUCAUUCUUUGGCGGGAACCCAUCAAACGGUCCCUGACUGCUUGGAGGUGACGUCUUGGACAGAACUGGAGAAUGGAGGUGGUCGGGGGAUAAUCAUGGGGGUCAGGCAUAAGCUAUGGACCGUUGAAGGUGUUCAGUUCCAUCCAGAAAGCAUAUUAACGGAGCACGGGCGCACAAUGUUUCGGAACUUCCUUAACUUGACUGGCGGUACUUGGAAAGAAGCGCUAUCCAGCAGGGAGAACCAACCCCACGGAGCUAGCCAGCCUACGGCUUCAAAAGCAGAGUCAAUAUUACAGAAAAUUUACUCCCACCGCAAGGUUGCUGUAGACCUGCAGAAAUCGAUACCUUCCCAGCGCCCUGAGGACCUUCAGGCGGCCUACGACCUUGGGAUUGCUCCAACUCAAAUAUCAUUUCCAAACCGCCUAAGAAAUUCACCAUUCUCGCUGGCGCUGAUGGCCGAAAUAAAAAGAGCAUCCCCUUCUAAGGGCAUUAUUUCUUAUUCUACUUGCGCGCCAGCGCAAGCAAGAAAAUAUGCCAUGGCAGGCGCGAGUGUGAUAUCGGUUCUCACCGAGCCAGAAUGGUUCAAAGGAAGUCUUGAAGAUCUGCGAGCGGUGAGGCAAAGCUUAGAAGGCCUACCAAACCGUCCAGCGGUUCUACGAAAAGAGUUUAUAUUUGACGAAUACCAAAUCCUCGAGGCACGAUUGGCCGGCGCAGAUACUGUCCUCCUCAUUGUCAAGAUGCUGCCAGUUGACCUCUUAACUCACCUCUUCGAAUAUUCUCGUUCAUUGAAUAUGGAGCCGCUUGUUGAAGUCAAUACUGCAGAGGAGAUGGCCAUAGCUGUUAGGCUGGGGGCUCAAGUUAUUGGUGUUAACAAUCGGGAUCUCACAAGCUUUGAAGUCGACUUAGGAACAACGAGCCGUUUAAUGGAUCAAGUACCCCAGUCAACGAUUGUUUGUGCGCUCAGCGGUAUAUCUGGUCCGAAGGAUGUUGAAGCGUAUCGCGCAGACGGCGUCAAGGCAAUCCUAGUUGGAGAAGCCCUUAUGCGAGCCAAAGACACGGGCGUGUUUGUACAGAAUCUGCUAGGGUCUGAGACUGAAUUGCAAGCAAAAGUUACGUCGUCCUUACCACUAGUUAAAAUAUGUGGAACCCGCUCAGCGAACGCCGCACGGGUCGCAGUUGAAGCAGGUGCAGACCUUAUAGGAAUUAUCCUUGCCGAGGGGCGUACGAGGACAGUUUCUGACCAGGUUGGCCUGGAGAUUUCAAAUGUUGUUAAAACAACACCGCGGCCUGCUACAAUGGACGCCUACGUGCAACCAAUGACAUGUUCGUUAAUUGGCGUGGAUUAUUUUGAUCACACUUCCAAGCUAUUGCGGCAUCCGUCUCGGGCACUCUUGGUAGGCGUUUUCUCCAACCAGCCCCUUUCCUACAUAAUCGCACAACAGCAGAAACUUGGCCUUGAUAUCGUACAACUUCACGGAUCGGAACCUAUUGAGUGGGCCAGGUUGAUUCCGGUACCAGUUAUCCGGAAGUUCUCGCCGGGCGAUAACACCCUUACUAAGCGUGGCUAUCAUGCACUCCCUUUGCUGGAUUCCGGCGUUGGAGGAACAGGGGAAAUGCUAUCAUCGCCGGCAGUAAAGAAAGCCCUCGAACAGGACGAUGGCCUUCGGAUAAUACUGGCUGGUGGCCUCGACUCCGAAAAUGUCCGCGCUACAAUAAAAGCACUUGGCGAACAAAGCCCUAAGGUGAUCGCUGUUGAUUCGAAGAACCCGUACUCGAUGACAUCUACUUCAUUUCAGUUUACAUUUAUUUCACCCACCCGUUAUUAUCGAUUCGUCUCCCCCGUCCACCCCGCCCCCCUCCCCUUUCCUGCCGUCCCGCGAUCAAUCAUACAGCUCAUCUCAAUGGGCAAAACAUUCGCUAGGGUCAAUGCUUGCAUUGCUGGAAAAUUUGGGGCCCACGCCGACAAAAUAAAACAAUGGGUGGAAGGAAAUGGCGGUACAUUCUCGAAAGAUGUAACUGCCGGAAUUACUCAUGUCAUUUGCACUGAGACGGCGUUUCGUAAAGCCGUUUCUACGGGUAAUGAUUAUCUGCCUGCUCCAAUCACUCCAUGGUCGCCCCGGACUAACAAGAAUACAGUGCGUGCCGCAAAGCGCAUCAAAGGUAUAAAAAUCGUGUCGGUUGAUUGGCUUGAGGAAUCUCUUCUAUCCAAAACAAGGCGUCCGAAGAGGGAAAAGCCAUAUCUCUGGGUAACUAAAAUGAAAGCUGAAAGAAAGAGGGAACUGGAAAAGAAGCUUUCUCUCAAAGGUGCCGGUGGCACGAAGCCGUUUUCUGAAUUUGAUGAUUAUCAUAUUUACACCGAUGGGCUCGGUCAUCGGUAUACUGCAAUGCUUGUUCGCCACAGCCCGUUUUCUAAGUUUAGGGAACGACAUACGAUCAAGAUUUACGAAUCCAAUGCGCUACCACACACAUAUGCAGCCUUUGUGAAAUAUACACGCGUUGGUAAGAGCGCCUCUGAUUUUCUGGCUCCGCGAGGAAGCACGUUGGAGACGGCAAUCAGCGCGUUCCAUAAAUUCUUUAAGGCCAAAUCCGGAAUCGACUGGCGUGAGAGAGGCGAGAAAACUCCUCCUAAGAAAACAGUAAAGGGGAUUGAACUUCCACCCGAUGAAGGCUGGUUCGAAUAUACCCCGGAAACACCACCUCACGUUCCCCCUGUUUCUAGCCUUCCUCCUGGGUACGACGAGGGAGCAGCUACCGAAGCUACUAUCAUCAUGUUACAGGAUGCUGUCAAGGAAAUGGAGCCCAACGAAGUCCGAGGGGUUCGAGGUGAGACACAGCUGAGUACGACGGAAGCAUAG